GGGCCAUCGUCGAUACUUGGCUCGUGGCCAUAAAUGGCGAAGAAAUAAAGCCAAGUUUGACGGAAAAGAAGAACACAACAUUGCCCCGUGCAUUUUAUCAGGAAAAGAUUUAUCAGAACAAACGAUGAAUUUGAAAGGGUUUAAAGCUGGGAAACAUCCACAUUUAAAAAAAAUCAAGCGAGAUAAAAAAGACUUGAAUUGGACUAGGAGGAGCAUUUUGUUUGACUUGCCAUACUGGGAAACAGUACUCCUAAGACACAAUCUCGAUGUUAUGCACAUUGAAAAGAAUAUUUGCGAUAAUAUUCUUGGGACAUUGCUGAACAUGGAUAAGAAGACCAAAGAUGCCUGUAAAGCACGAAAAGAUUUGGAGGACAUGAAUAUCAGAAAAGAGUUACAUUUAAAUAAAAGAGAUGAUGGCAAGUAUGAUUUACCAGCAGCAGCUUAUGUAUUGUCUAAGAAAGAAGGGCAACGAUUUUGUGAAUUUCUUAAAGCACAAAAGUUUCCAGAUGGAUAUGCUUCUAAUAUAUCUCGUUGUGCAAAUGCUUCUGAAGUCAAGCUAGUGGGAUUGAAAAGCCACGAUUGUCAUGUUCUCUUGCAACGAUUACUUUCAUAUGGCAUUCGAGGAUGUUUGAGCAAAGAAAUAUAUAAUGCACUACUGGAGUUGGGAGAUUUUUUUCAGCGACUGUGUUGUAAAAAGUUGAGGGUAGAUGACGUACAGAAAAUGGAGAAAGACAUUGUGGAGAUAUUAUGUAACUUUGAAAUGAUUUUUCCACCCGCUUUCUUUGAUGUUAUGGUACACUUAGCUGUUCACCUUCAACGUGAAGCUUUGUUAGGUGGACCAAUUCAGUAUCGGUGGAUAUACCCUAUUGAGAGGUAUUUAGGUACGCUAAAGGGUUAUGUACGGAAUAAAGCUCGUCCUGAAGGAUCUAUUGCAGAAGCUUAUAUUGUCAAUGAAUGUUUGACAUUUUGCUCAAUGUACCUUGAAGGAAUUGAAACGUACUUUAACAAAGAAGAACGAAAUAUGGAUAUUGAAGUUGGUCGCAAGUUGUCAGUCUUCUCACACAAAACGCGACCAUUUGGUGCUGCAAAAUAUCACAAGCUUACUACACAUGAGCUACAUAUGGCUCAAUGGUAUAUUUUGAGCAACUGUGAAGAAGUAGAAGAAUUUCAACAGUAAGUAAUAUAUAGUUUAGCAUAGAUAGUAUAACUAUUUAUUAUUUAGAAUUUAUCAAAGAAUAAUUUAUGACUGUGCAGGAAGCACAGAGAGAUACUCCAGCGAGAAAGUUUCCUAAACAUAGAAGAGAGGCACAAAGAGCAAUUUCCACAAUGGUUUAAACAACAUGUAAGUGAAAGGAUUGAAAGUUCCCUAAAUUUUUGUCACUUAGAUUGUUUUAUAUUCGAGAUUUUCUAAUAAUAUCUUAUUUACUUUAUAGAUGGCACAUAUGAAAUUGCAGAGUCCACAAGAUGACAUAAAUGAAUUAUAUGCAUUAGCAUGUGGGCCUAAUAUGGUUGUGAAAAAGUACCCAGGGUGUAUUGUAAAUGGAGUCAGAUUCCAUACUAAGGAGCGGGAUGAUCGUCGUACUACACAAAAUAGUGGUGUCAUGGUCGAAGGUUACCACAAUAAUAAUAUUAUUGAGUUUUAUGGGAUCGUCACUGAAAUAAUUGAGUUGGAUUACAUUAAAGACAUUCAUGUUAUUCUUUUUAAGGCUAAGUGGUUUAAUCUUGCCAAUAGAAAAUCUAUCAUACAUGAUGGAAAAACUACAAGCAUAAAUAUUAGUCGUACUUGGUAUGAGGAAGAUCCAUUUAUACUUGCAUUUCAAACAAGUCAAGUAUUCUACCUUGAUGAUAUGAAACUGGGCAAAGAUUGGCGAA